CCUCGCCCUACUAUACAUAAAAUAUAGACAGUUUACUGGGUAAUUGAGCAUAAUUUUACGUAGGCGAGGGAAAUUCCGCUCUACGUAUUUCACGCACAAAACACUUGAGUUCCUCAAACGUGCUCAAGCGUGCGUAAAAUACUCGCGUUUUCGCGCAGUAAGAUGAUAAACAACGAUAAAUAUUUUACAAAACCUAUCCCAAGUCUGUUUAAUAUCUAUAUGUCGGUGUAUGGCGAACUAUGGGCAAUUUUAUAACCAGCUUCGGCGUUUUAACGCGCCGGCGAUUACCCAACCGUUUCGGGCCGAAUGGUGCGCGUUGUUCGAUUGUGUUAGCUUUUCCAUUAUACCGGCACUCCCAAAAGAAACAACGAGCAUUGUCUUGAAAUGUGACGUCACAGUGGGUCCUGUGACGCAACAACACGUCUCGGUGAUUCUCAAUUCAGUCUACGUGAACAGUGAUAGCGAAGAGACGAAACUUUUCUGAAUUUCCACAAGAAUUUUCAACUACGUUUUAUAAUUUCUCAAGUAGACUUUAAAGAUUAUGAGAAUACAGAGACAAAUAUGAAGUGGAAAUUAUUAUUUAUAGCGAUAACAUAUAUCGCGUUAGCCCGUUCGGCUACGGGCCAGUCAUCAGUCGAAAGUGCUGUGAGUCGUCUUGUAUUGAGCAUUUCAAAUUGUGCGACCGUGGCAUGCCAGACCGCAAUACAGGAACAACUAAACCAGAUUGCUGCAUCUCAAAAUAUAUCUAUCGGAUUCCAAGAUUUGAACGAAUGCAAUCAGAUAAGCAGAGGCAACUGUUCCGAGUUUGCUGACUGCAUUAACACGCCUGGAUCCCAUGAAUGCGUUUGUAGAAGUGGCUUUGUGGAUGAAAGUCCAUCCCUGCCCGGCCGUGUGUGUACUGGUAAAAAACCAUCACCACCAUUGCCACCACCCCCACACCGCUCAAUCGUUUGA